UGCCGAGGUGAAGCCCCGCCCCUGUCGCUUCAGCGUUUUGUAUUUUCCUCGGCUAGCAAUGCUAGCGUGCAAGCGGAGGUUUACGGUUUUCGGGUGAAACUGCGGCUUGGAUAAUCUGAACGGACUGCUGUUUGUUGUGAUUGGUUUUAAGCAGACUUUGCCUAUGCAAGCGGACGGAGUGGCAGUAGGAGAGGAUUCGAGAAACCCACCGUCCUAUGGCCGCAUCUGAAGCAGCUAACAUCCGGAGAUAACGCUUGUUGGCUGACUGACAGCUGGCCUUUGACAGCAGCUAAGCUCAGAUUUAUUCGAUGAAGUGAUGGAUCAUUUCUGACGUUGUCCACAGAUUGGUCACAUUGGAGUCAUAAAAGGCCAUAAUUAGGGAGGAGGGGCUCGGUCCUGCAGUGGUUCAGCUGAAGAGAGGAGGCUUUCAGGAGUCCAAAGGCUGAUGCACGCGGGGUUUGAUCCGCCGGAACUGCCACUAUGAUGCCGAUGAUUUUGACAGUCUACCUCAGUGAUGGCGAGCAGGCUGUGGCUGAGGUCCCCAUCACGCCUGAGACCACGUGCCGCGAUGUUGUGGAGUUCUGCAAAGAACCUGGAGAGAGCGGCUGCCAUCUGGCUGAGGUCUGGAGAGGCAACGAGCGAGCGAUCCCCUUCGAGCACAUGAUGUACGAACAUCUGCAGAAGUGGGGGCCCCGGAAACAAGAAGUCAAGUUUUUCCUGCGGCAUGAAGAUUCACCGACCGACAGCAGUGAUCAAGGCAGUCAACAGACCCAGGAUCAAACCAACCGCAGAAGUGGGAACACUGGAGAGAAGCACAAUGAGAACGGGGUGGGGAGUCAGCGCGUGGAGCUCACGCUGUCGGAGCUGCAGGAGAUGGCGACCAGACAGCAGCAGCAGAUCGAGGCCCAGCAGCAGAUGCUGGUGGCAAAGGAGCAACGCUUGCGAUACCUGAAGCAGCAGGAGCGCCGCCAGCAGCAGAGCGUGUCCGAGAGCGAAAAGCUGCAGAGGCUGAAGGAUCGAGUAGAGAGCCAGGAGGCAAAGCUCAAGAAGAUUCGCGCCAUGAGAGGCCAGGUGGACUACAGCAAGGUCAUCAAUGGUAACUUGUCUGCAGAGAUCGAGCAGGUUAGCAGCUUGUUCCAAGAGAAGCAGGCGGAGUUGCAGUCAGCGGUGCUGAGGGUGGAGCAGCUGAGCGUGCAGCUGGAGGACCUGCGGAGAGGAAAGCUCAACGGCGUGCAGACUGGUCUGGGUGGCCAAGUAACUGGUGCUGCAGCUCUGGAGCUCCGUAAACUCUUCCAAGAGCUUCAGAUUCGGAACAAACUGAACCAGGAACAAAACAGCAAGCUGCAGCAGCAGAAGGAGCUCCUCAACAAGCGGAACAUGGAAGUAACGCUCAUGGACAAGCGCAUCAGCGAGCUGAGGGAGCGCCUCUACAAGAAAAAAGCUGAGGCACGUCAGAAAGAGAACCUUCCUCUGAACAAAGCCAACGGGCCGCCUUCCCCUCAGCCAGCUGCUGCUACUAUGGGUCGGGUUGCUGCUGUGGGGCCAUACAUCCAAGUUCCUGUACCGAGUCGACAGGAUGGAAGCUACAGCAUUCCCCCAGACCCGCUGAAGCCCCAAACACUAGUUGUUAAUAACCAAACUAACUCUGGCCGCCCCAAAACAGACGGUGUGCGAAAGCCUCCAGGCCCGUGGAAAGUGUCUGAUUUGGACAUCGCUGUAGACCUGGUACCCCAGUCCCUUCCAGAAUCCCACCCAGGCCCCGGAGCCUCUUCUGGCUCUGAUGGCACUUCCUUGAAUGAUCCUGGCUGGCCUGCUGUUAUCAAGACCAGCACAACACUGAAACCUCCUGAGAGACAGAACUCAGGGACAGACACCCAGGGCAAGAGCCCUCCCUCGGGCUCCCCCAUCACUCCAGGUGCAGAUAAGGUGCUAGACUCUAAAACAGCAGUUUCCUCUCCUGCUAUAAGUAAGCCACAGCCCCCACCCUACGGAUCCCAUCUCACCUCCGCAAGCACAGCCAGCUCUUUGGAGCGCCGAAAAGAUGCCCCUCCUCCUCGGCCUCUCCCGAAUCCAGCCGCUCCCGCAUGGCCCCGGCUCCCUGCCUCCACGGGAUCCUCCUCUCAGCAGAUCCAGCAGCGCAUCUCGGUGCCACCAAGCCCCACCUUCCAGCCUAAUGUGCCAGUUUUCCCUCCUGGUCUGAGUGAGCGUCUGGACGCUCCGCUCGCUGUGGCCGUGCGGCCCUUCAUCCCAGACAGAGGAUCGCGGCCUCAGUCUCCCCGUAAAGGUCCUCCUACCGUGAACUCCAGCUCCAUUUAUCACAUGUAUCUCCAGCAGGCAGCACCAAAGAGCCAGCCCCCCAAGCCUGCCCUGAAAGCAGUCUACGGGAAGCCUGUUCUGCAAUCCGGCUCCACACCUCCAUCACCCCUGCCUUUUGUCCAAGCAGGGGGGGCCUUUACACUUCCCCAGGUCCAGCCUGGCAGUGAGGACAUUUUAGAUGGACAACUUGACGAUCAGGAGAGCUUCCAGCCCCUGGAACCAUCAGCGCCUCCUCCCAGCGUGGAGAAUAUCCCCCGACCUCUCAGCCCCACCAAGCUGACGCCGAUGGUACACUCCCCUCUGCGCUACCAAAGUGACGCAGACCUCGAAGUGCUCCGAAAGAAGCUGGCCAACGCUCCAAGGCCGCUUAAGAAGCGCAGCUCCAUCACAGAACCCGAAGGCCCAAGCGGACCCAACAUUCAGAAACUGCUAUACCAAAGAUUCAACACUCUGGCAGGAGGCAUCGAGGGGAGCAGUGUCUCAGGGGGAGGCAGCGGUGCGGGCAGCGGAACGCCGUUUUUUCAACCGGCUCAUCCCCCUGGUUAUCUGGGAGGGGUCUCUCGGGCUGACACCGACAACGGCAAUCUCCUCCCUGAGACUCUGGCAGCACCGGCUCAGGGGGAGGAGGAGCCUGGCUCUGAGGCCCCGUUCGCCACCACUGAUACCAACGACAACGAGGAGGGACCCCAGCAACCAGAGGGCGACUCUGCAGAAGCAGAGGGGUCGGAGGAUGACAACAACAACACAAUGGGAGGCUCUGAAGUAUCUUUGCCCAGCCCCGUGCCUGAAGUCAGCACUCCUGAGGAGAGCGGCGUGGCGGCCUCACAACCCCUGGAAAAGCGCACAAACCUUAAGAAGCCCAACUCUGAGCGCACCGGUCACGGCUUCAGAGUGAAGUUCAAUCCUUUGGCUUUGCUGCUUGAUGCUUCAUUAGAAGGAGAGUUUGAUCUGGUCCAGAGGAUCAUCUAUGAGGUUGAGAAUCCCAGCACUCCCAAUGACGAGGGCAUCACGCCGCUGCACAACGCCGUCUGCGCUGGACACCACCACAUCGUCAAGUUCCUGCUGGAUUUCGGCGUGAACGUCAACGCUGCAGAUAGCGACGGAUGGACUCCUCUUCACUGCGCAGCCUCCUGCAACAGCGUUCACCUCUGCAAAAUGCUAGUCGAGUCAGGUGCCGCCAUCUUUGCUACCACUAUCAGCGAUGUUGAGACGGCGGCGGAUAAAUGUGAAGAAAUGGAGGAGGGCUUCAUCCAGUGUUCCCAGUUUCUAUAUGGUGUUCAGGGGAAGUUGGGUGUGAUGAACAGGGGGACGGUGUACACUCUGUGGGACUAUGCAGCCCAGAAUCCGGACGAGCUGUCAUUUAAGGAGGGGGACGCCAUCACCAUCCUCCGGCGGCAGGACGACAGCGAAACAGACUGGUGGUGGGCGCAGCUGGAAGACAAAGAGGGCUAUGUGCCCCGCAACCUGCUGGGGCUUUAUCCCAGAAUCAAGCCUCGCCAGCGCUCCCUCGCAUAGAGACCGCCGCCCCCUUGCUGACCAGAGGCUGACAGCCGGACUUUUGACACAGCUGAGAGCAGCGAACAACAGAGGAGCCUGGAGCUCCAUCACCCAUCCAUGGCUGUACCUCCACCUUUCCCAACAGAGACUCCCCCAUACUGACACAUCUUCACAAAAAUCAAUCAACACAUGUUCAAAGUCUCCCUGCCCUCCCCCCUCCUCCAACUCCUAUCACUGUGUUACUGUUCAGACAGGCAUCAGCCCCCAUCUCAGCUGUUUUGCAGUCAUCUCCAUGGUGGUAGAUGGGACCAUCUCUGGAAGCUCAGCUGAGGGAGGGAAGCUGCAGGACGGGAUUUAUUGGCUGUUGAGUAUUCUAAAACCAAGUUUUGGGAAUGGGCUGCAGAAAAACGGACUGUAGCCCAACCACCAAAGAAGAACGCAUCCUAUUUUCAAUUCAGCAGCAGAAAUCUUCAGCUGGGAGAUAAUCAGUGGAUUUGCUGCUAACAUGAAUUAUUGCUCACAGGAGCAGAGUUCUGUCAGGAGAAGGAAACUGCAAUUUUCAGUUCAACCUUCAGUGUUACUAAGACGCACAGUUUUAAACUAUUUCUUUUAAUCAAAGAAAAAACAUCAGCAGCCUAUGCAUUAUUAUUACAGAAUAUAAUCUUUUAUUUGGUGUCAUCUGGACGCAGAAGUUUUGUGUGAAAAAAACCCCCAAAAAAUCAUAAUGAGUGAGCCUUCGAACAAUAAAUGUUUACCUUUAAUGCUGUUAAAACACAUAUUUAAAAGGGUGAGUUGGAUGUGGAGCUCCUGAAUAUUUAUAAUUCAGUAAAUAAAUCAACUUGAAAAAAUAUUUACAAGGAAGUAAAUUAUGGAUAAAUAUGUAAUAGGUCCAUAAAAUUGUACAUUUCAAAUUUACAUAUUUUUUAAAAAGUUACAAUUUCAUUCUCAUAAAAGAUGUUAAAGAUAACAAAUAAGUUGUACGUUAUUUCACAAACUUAAAAAAAAUCGCUUUAGUCGACACAUUGUUUAACAGAAUUACCUUUUGUCAUUUCAAGCAUAGAAGGCGGGGCCUGGAAUGUGACGGACAGGUCCUCCGAACCGUUUCAAAAGUCUCAUUUGAUUUUCCUAAAACAAUCUGAGGUUUGCUGUUGUUUGCAUCUACGGAAUGGAAUGGUAAAGGAAUGUCAAACGGUGGGCCAAAAUGCGAGCUCCUUCUUCCCGUUUCCUCGAUUUCAUAUUUUUUGAAUUCUUUAACAUUUGAUUUUAAUCGAAAACUGAGAAAUGAACUGGAAAAGCCUUGGAAAAAUUUAUUUCACCUACACAUAAUGUUGAAAAUGAAUGAAUUUCUCAUAGCAAUAAACAGAUUUCAUGAUUUUAUGGCCCUUUUAUUUAUUAAGAUAAUUUAUUGAUCAGUUUUUCUUCUUCUGAUUUCCUAUGGUUUAUAGGAUAUUAUGAGAACUCUAGGACUUCCAUACAGAAAUGCUGAAAAAUGCAGGAAAAAAGCAAACAAACACAAAGAAGGCAGGCAUGGUUUAUUUCCUGACUGAUCUAAUUUUACUGGUUCAUCAGAUCCAGAAAUCCUAAAUAUUUGCACUAAUUGGGAAUUACUUUGAUUUAAAUUUUGAUGUAAUUCACAAUGUCAGAUUUAAAGAGAUGAUUUAAACGGAUAGACAUCAGUUUAAGAUGAUUUUCCAGAUUUAUUUUUUUCUCCUAGUGCCUCUUCCUUCACUCACUUUAGAAACAGGAUGGUGGCGCACACAUUUAUUACUAUUAUUUUAUUGUUUUUAAAGCUGCAGAUCUUACUGGUAUAGUUUUGUGUUUGUUUUAGUUUCUUCCCGUUUUUGGAGCUGCUGAUGACCGUUAUGUUGUGAGGUUGUAUAUUGUGCAUUUAAAUAUGUCCCAAGUGUUACCAUAAAAAGACAAAUAAAUUCAUGAUAAAAACGUUUAAAUAAUAUCCAAAAAGAAGUGACUUUUGAUUUGCUUGUUUGAGGAGUUAAAACUGAUUCCUCUGGAAUGCAUAGAAAAAAAUAAAGUAAACUUAAGAACACUAAAGUAAUUUAAUUUAUUUAACGUUUGGAAGUAAAGAAUGCAAGUUUUUAAUAUUUUGGAUUCCUUUAUCAUCUCGAUUCAGACAUAUUUCUAGGAUUUAAAAAUCAAGUAAACUUCAACAUCUACCAACGGUCUCUUUGGACAGAGCUAACAUUCAAUUUGAGUUGUAAUACUUUUUGUUUUCCUCUUAAUUUCUCUUCAUGUUCUCUUAUGUUUUAGUUGAGUUUGGACAGGUUUGACCAACUUCCACAAAAAAUAUCUCAGGACCAGCGUAGUGCUGCUGAAACACACUUCAUCUCAGCUCCUGGUGUAGCAUUUCCACAUAAAGUUUCUGUCCCCCUGCUAUUUAUUGAAGCUGAGCCUGGGCUGUCCUCAUGUAACAUACCUGCUAAACCCCUUUGGUUGUGCCAUAAAUACCUUCAAUUUAGGGUGUACUACUGUAGAAAUGAUCCUAUUUGUUUAAGCUUUACGUUGCUGAAAUAUUAAUAAAAUCUACUUGCUCUGUUUAACAUUU